GCGACCCUUCACCGUCGCCUCAGCCGCGCAGGGCAACCAUCAUAAUAACUGAGAUCUACAUCUACCUUCUCGCCACAUUUCUCCGUUGCAGUCUGCAUCUCUGUACUGUACCAGGAAUUUGGUACAUUCAUACCUUCCUUCAAGAUGUCACGUCUACGCCUGCGGUGACACAAUACCCUCUCGCUGUUCAAUCUCGUUUUCUAGGCUGUCGGAAACCGAUCACUUUGUGUUGCCAGCCCACCCCCGCAAUUUUGCAAUAUUGACGUAUUUUCCCUAGGUUCAAAUUGCAAUACAGCAAUAGUACCCAUUCACGUUGGAAACCGUUUGAUUUCCACCAUGGGGAAACAGCCAGCCGUAGUCUUGGUCGUACGUCAUGGUGCCCGUCUUGAUCAGGCUGAUCGGAAUUGGGCAGCCACCGCCGAAGCCCCCUACGACCCUCCUCUAUCCUAUGGUGGUUGGAUUCAGUGCCAGUCCUUGGGUCUGAGAAUCAACAAUGAACUACAUAAUCUCGACAAACAAUCCAAGCCCCAAGAUGAUGGCAAGGCGGAUGGAGCGCGAGAGACCCAACCACGCAAGAGGCGGAAGAUUAUUAUCCACAGUUCGCCAUAUCUGCGAUGUGUCCAGUCUUCUAUUGCAAUUGCUGCUGGCAUACAACAUCCUCAAAACCACUCUAGACCACGCAAUAAGUCGCGCCAACUCUCUGCCCGCUCUAAUAUCUCUCCGAUGGAUGAGGCGCAGGGCGCGGCAGCGGACUCGGGCGAUGGUGACCAAGGGUCUCUCGAGCGUGUUAUCAGCAAAGACAAAGGAGACACGAACCGCCUUGGGUACAAUACCUGCAAGCUGCGUAUUGAUGCAUUUCUAGGGGAAUGGCAAACAGCAAGCUAUUUCGACGAGGGCUCUUCUCCUCCACCUUCCGCUGUUCUUGUCUCACAGGCCAAGAUGGGCUUACAAACCCUACAAGAAGAGAUUAAGGGUGCCGAUCUCUCUGGCUCUUUGGCUUUCAACUUGCCAACGAUCGACAUGGAAGAGGGAGAAACUGAAGCUGCGUCCAUACCAGUCCAUGAAAAGACCGGUUUGCGGGCCAUGGCAGCCGUUGGCCAUUCUCUUCCGAAGCGACCACGCAAUAUCUCAUUUGGGACCGAAUUGGCCAAUGGUGCUCGGAUAUUGAACAGAGCUCUCCAGGGGCCCGUGGGGUAUAGCCCUCCCAUGCCAAAUUAUGCAAUUGGGUCGUCGGACAAAAUUCCCCCAGGAUUUGUGGCCCAUGCGCGAGAUUCCUGUGUUGAAAUCGACCGUCAAUGGGACAGUCAAAAUGAGCCACUUGACUGGGGUGAUGGCGGGCCCUUUGACGAGGAUUGGGGUAAAAUGCACCGGAGGUUUCGCAAUGGUCUGCAGAAAAUGAUCGCAUUCUAUGAGAACCAAGCCGGUGCAGAUGCCGAGGAUAGUGACCAGCAGGAGGAUGACGAAGAUCUCGUGGUCAUCUUGGUUACCCACCAGGCUGGCUGCAAUGCUCUGAUCAGAUUGCUGACAGCCGCACCAGCCUUGCGUGACGUAGGCCUGUCCUCUUUGUCUAUGGCUGUGAGGAAAGAGACUCGACAAGCUCCUCCGGAACCGUCAUCCCCAACACGCAGAAGAGGAUCUCUGGAUUUGGCCAUAUCAGAGGAUUACGACAUGAAAAUCAUAGCCUCUACCGAACAUCUCCGUGGCGCAUCCAAUCCGCUAGGGUUGAACUCGCCUCGACUUGGAAAGUCGCCGGCAUUUGCCAGUCGUCGAGCGGUGGGAGCCGAUUCGCCAGAAGGAUUCAGUCUAGGAGAGUCAAUGGCACCACGCGGCUCCACAUCGAUGAUGCCUGGUAGGAGCAUAAGUCAGCGAUCUCAUGCUGCAGACGCGACGGACUCCUCCGAGCCUCCUACAGGACUCUGGCGACGAGGAAGUCGGUACUCCCGCGACGAGACGACCGAGUCGUCGAGUGAUGCUUUUACAACGCCAAGUUCGCUGAGUGUUGGGCGAUCAGAAAGUAUACAAGAGGAGUUCCCUCUCUGGAACGGGAGCGGCAGCGGCAGCGGAGCGAAGACUGUGGUCAGGGUCAGUGACGAGAAAUCAGGCUCUCCCCUCUUGCCUGUUCGCAGUGCGAGUCAAGCUGGGCUUUGGGGCGGUGAAUCUUCGAUCAGGAGAGAGAGGAGCCCUGGGAAGAGACGAUGGACUGCCGUUGAGAGAUCCCCGUGAGAGUAGAAGCUCACCGAGACCGGGGAGGACAGGAAGUAGGAGGACGCUCUUGGACGCCCCUCUCGAGAUAUCCGGAAGCAGAUAAUGUAAUAUGAUAAUGACACAUCGCUCGCUCAAGACACGAGAUGGUGUUUUUGGCGGGGUUUCA